AUGGAGGACACCGAGGUAUCCUUGCAGGAGCUUGGCGCCCAAACUGCCGCGGUGUCGUCAUGCUGCGUCUUCUGCAAAGUACCGUUUAAGGACAUGGUGUUGCGAGUAGGGCGCCGCUACGAGGUCAAGGUCCUUCACUGCCUUCAUUCGGCAUGUGGCAGAUGUCUCGAAGAGAUCCUCACCACAGGUCAGGAGGUUUUGUGCCCUGUGUGCGACCACCGGAUCAAAGAGCAGGACUACCACAAGUACCUUUGCAACUUCGCAGAAAACCAGACUCUGGACUACAGGGCCGCGGGUUUCGCCUCCACGCCGUUGAUCACCUGUGACGAAUGCGUAGAUGCAUGUCCAGCCGUACAGUACUGUGCACGCUGCGUGCGGAGGCUAUGUGCUGAGUGCGCGGAGCACCACCGACGUUCGAGAGCCUCGGCCUCCCACGUGCUGACGGAGUUGACAGCCAUGGCGGAAUUGGCAGAGGCACAGGCGAAGGAGGUCACGGCGCCGGAGGACUCCCAGCGCGCGACCUCGGCCCGCUCGUCGCCUUCGUCACUUUCCCUGCACCGCCUUCCCCUCUGUGCAAUCCAUCGACGGGAGUUGGAGUUCUUCUGUGAGGAUUGCAGCAUGAUGUGCUGUCGUGAAUGCAUACGAGAAUCGCACGAAACCCACGUCUACAAGCUCCCCUCGGGCAGUCUUGUGGAGAGGCAGCGGCAGGGGCUUUCCGAGAACGCGCAGCAGCUGCAGGGCCUCUUCUCAUCGCUCCAGGAGCGGCGCAAGACUCUGUCAGAGAACCUGCACGGCUGCGAAGCUGAGUUGGCGAAGGCUUUACAGAACAUCCGACACCUGGAAGUGCAGGUGAAGGAGGCUCUGCAGCAACGGCGGAUUGAAAUGCUGGAUGAGGUGAAGGCAUUUCGAGAUCAGCAGAGGGAGUCCCACGAGGCACGUCGGGCCUCGCUGGCCUCGCAGCUGCUCACCAGGUGGCGAGCCAUCGACUUCCUGGAGAAGGUCCUUGCGCGUGGCACGAACUGCGAGGUGCUGCUCCUAACGGGCUACAUCUCGGCACAGCGGUUGCUGGGGCAAGACGUGCUGGCGUCGAAGGUAGCAGAGCUUGCACUCUGCGCCGCUCUGCGUCCCAAGCAGCUGCCUGUGAAGUGGUCCGGCGACGUGGCUGCAGCGGCGCAUGAGAUCUCGCAGAUGGCGGCGGUUAGGACGCAAGGCCGUCAUACCAUUGAAGCGAGCCCGCUUCAAGUGGGAGAGCCACAAACGGAGGAAGUGUCGGAGCCAACUGAGGCAGCCGAGGCCUUCGAGAGUCACGAGCGGCAGAUUGUUUCUCUGCAAGAUGCAGUACCUGCUCCACCUGCUCCACAGCCCAUCUGCUUAUCUCAGGCUUUGGGGCCACGAAAAGCUGCAACUGUAACUGCCACGGAGCCGAGACAAAAAUUGGUUCGCCGCCCAAAGAGCGACCAGGAAAUCCGAGAAUCGGGGCUUGGCGAGCUACGGGCGGUGCUGGGCCUGGAGGGUGAUGCUUUAGGCUGCUUCCGUUCUCCUUGUGGUAUGGCAGUGGACAGCUCACGCCUCUACGUGGCAGACACAUUGAACCAUCGGAUUCAGAUCUUUGACAAGUUCACCCUGGAGGCUCUGGGUGUUCUACGGCUGCCUAGCUCAGGAGACGGCCCAUCCAGCCUGAGCGACCCCAGCGGGAUGUGCUGUGUAGAAGUGAAGGGCAUGACCAUUCUUGUGGUAGUCGAAUAUACCCUCGACCGAGUGCUCCGAAUUGAGUUAGGGCAAUCGCCUCUAGCAGCAGCUGUCCGGGAGCUGGCACCAGGCACUUUCUACGGCCCGUUUGGAGCGGGAAUCUCACAGGGCCGCGUUGUGAUCGCCGACAGUUGCAAUCACCGCUGCCUGGUUCUGACUCUCAACGGCCAAGUCCUCUUCGAGUUCGGAACACGCGGCCAGGGUAGAGGCCAGUUCGAUUACCCCGAGUGCUUGGCCGCUUUCGCUGACGGUCACGUGGCUGUGAGUGACAAAGACAACCACCGCAUCCAAGUCUUCGAUGCCAACGGCAGCUUUCAGCAUCUGAUUCCCCGAGACUGGGCGCCCGAGUCCGAGGGCCAUCUCGGGUCUGGGCGACUCCGUGCCGGAGCCUUAAGGGGGCCAAUGGGCAUGUGUGUGGAUGCGCGCGACCGCCUCUUCGUGUGCGAUUGCGGCAGCGACCGCGUACAGAUCUUCAGCCGUCAAGGAGACUUCCUGUGGAGCUCCUGUUCUGCGACAUGCAUUUUCCGGUCACCGACAGCGAUGGCGGCAGACGAGCAGAGCCUCUACGUGGCCUCGGACCAUUGUGUACAGAUCUUCUGA